GAGGUGGCGUGUGUGAGAGAGAAUGAAAAACAAGGCGGGGGUCUGACUCUUGUUCCGCGAGUGGUUUCUGGCGGUUUCUCGUGACACUUUGGGUUCGUGAACCUGGUGCACGGGCGAAGAAGAGCAAAGAGAGAGAGAGAGAAAAGAAUCACUAUCCAGGCUCUGAACUGUCAGGGAAACAGGCGGAAGUGUUUAUGAAUCGUGGAAAGGGGAAACUGUUGUAGUGUGAGAUCUGAUAGACAUAUCCCGGGGACAAUGGACUCACUGACUCUCAUCUUGUUGUUUGGUGUUAUUCCACUUUGCCUGUGUGCCUCCCCCAGUGACUGUGACAAAAAGACCGAGUACUUUAAGGAUGGCAAGUGCUGUUUCAAAUGUGGCCCUGGUUCGUUCUUGGUGGCGAAGUGUAAUUUAAGCGAAUACUCCAGUUGUAGACCUUGCCAGCAUGGCUUCUACCAACCUGCCUGGACUAUGGAAGAUCAUUGUCAGUCACACACAGUUUGCGAUUCAACAGGAGGUUUUGAAGUUGUGAAAACUGGUGACCAGCUGAGCGAUGUGGAGUGUCUAUGUAAACAGGGGAUGCAUUGUCCUAAUAAAGACUGUGAGAUCUGUCACUCUGAUACUGCAUGUCAUCCUGGUGAAGGAGUCACAAUUCCAGGUGACCGAAAAUUUCAGGAAACAAUUUGCGAGGAUUGCAAAAAUGGAUUCUAUUCAAAUGUGACGUCUUUCACGGAGCCUUGUAAGAAGUGGAUGGACUGUUCAUCACUUAGACUGAUAGAAAUCCGAGCAGGCACUGCAUGGAGCGACGUUGAGUGUGGUAUCCCAUACCAGAACAAUGAAUCCUACAAAGUUGCAAUUGGCUUUUUGGCUGUGCUACUUAUCUUGUGCAUAGCUUUAUUCAUCUGCAGCAGGUUAGGUUAUCUGGAUCAAGUUUUGGGUUUCAUUCAAAGAAAGAAAAAGAAGCAGGAGGAGACUGACCCUGAGCGUGUUGUCCAGGAAACCCAUCCAGGGGAUCCAGUUUUCACCCCAGAGAUGGAGCAAGGAGGGAGCAUCAGUAUGCACCUUGCGGUCCAGGAAGUCGGCAAGGACAGCCGCCCCUCGGAGGAGGAAGGGCAGACCCUGCUUAACACAUCAGGCAGCUCCUACGAUACUGCCAAUGGGAAUGCAGGGAGAAGAUGCUUGGACUGAGAAAUAGUAGUAACGUGAAUCGGAACCUGAAACCAACAAAUCCAGGAUUCAAAGACUUGCCCUUGGAUCCCUACAGAACUUGCUUCAGGACUGAAUACCGUACAACAGUUUCAUUCUGUGUUCACAACAUUUUUCUCUAAAUCCUCCUAUUAUUGGCCUGAGUGCAUGAGAAAUCACUGGAAAGGUUGCUCAUUGGAGCAGUACAACGAGGGAUGCCUGUACUGUUAUCAGUGACCACUGUACAGAUGGAUCACUCCUAAAGCAGAAAGGAUCGCCACAUUUCUUGGCUCUGCCUUUGAUGUACGUAACUGGUGAAUCUUGCAGAAAGGAUACUGCCUUGUUUGACUGAAAUUGGGUGCAUUUGGCACAAAAAGCUGUCGAUGAGUACUCAGUCAAGGGAUUUAUCAACCCCAUCAUGGAAGUUUACCUGGUUUGGUUGCGAGGUGGAAUACACUUUGGCUUGGGAUCUCACAGCCCCCUCACCUCCCAGCAAUUUGCUCACAUCCAUUAACAUGGAUUGUGGCUGGACAGCUGGCAAAAUGUGCCAGGGAAUCUUAGAUCGCUGAGGCACCAGAGAGUGGUAGGCUGCCGGAGUGGUGGGCUACCAGAGAGGAUCCAGUGCAGGACUGCCAGUGCCUGAGAAGGGCUCAGAACUCAUGGGGCCACAGAAGUAGAGAACUAAAUGGAGGUGUACCCUAACAGGAAUAGUCUUUGAUGGCAGAAGGCAUGAGAUUAAAUAGAUGACAAUGAUAACAAGAAUGUAAUCCCAGACUGGGAUUUCAGAUGGCAGCAAAACCAGCCAAACUUCACCAUAGCUCUUCAGAAUAAUUGGAAACACAAUAUUUGCUCUUGCUGAUUCGAGUGUGCACAGGACAACUCCAUAGCUGAUUGAGUAAUCAGUGACAGCUUGUUUCCAUUAGCUUUUAUUGAGAAUUUUUUCUUGCUGGUUGAGUCAGCAAAAUUCCCAGCAUUGAUGAGUCAGAGCUGAUGAUAUGAGUUGUAAAUGCUAUGAUUAUGCAAUUGUAUCCUGUCUCACUGGAGGGAUGCACCAAUAGGGUGUACAGUAAAUCGAGUGGAAUUUGGUGCAGAGGGGAAUAGGGCCUCUUACAGCGGUGGACAUAGAAAAACAUUUCCAUGACACUAUUUCGAAAAAAGACCUGUGAAUUACCUGUGGUUAUCUGCUCAAUAUUUGUCUCUCUAUCAAUAUGACAAUAAUAGCUAACCUGCUUGUUAUCGCACAGGUUUUUUGGGAGUUUGUUGUGUGUAAAUUGGCUGCUACAUUUCCUACAUUAUGGCAGUGACAAUGGCUGGAGUGUUCCAGCAGUCUAAGCAAUGUGAGCUAUAAGUUUUGCGAGAAUAUCAGACAGGAAAUCCGGCCAGGGUGAUCUCAAUGUCUGGAGUUUUUCGCUGUAUACCUUAUGCUUUUGCCAAGCAAUGUGGUGAGUUUCACACUUGGUAGUGGGGAGUUGUCGAUUAAGAGGGGUUAUUGCUUGUUAGGUUCCUCAUUAAUGCCACAAAUUGCAUUAUUAGUAUUCAGUUUCCUGCCCUCCUAAGCAAGCUAAACUUUGAGAAUUCUUGAAAUGAAAGUCAGAGCGGGUACCUGGCGACUUGAGCUCAUCAAUUGAGCUCUGAAGGAUCCCCAUCACCAGCCACCAAUAUCACUGGGCACAUUCAUGGGGUCAGAAGGAACUGUUCUGCGAGGAUAGAUUUCAUUUAAACUGACCCGUUACCAGUAUUCUGGCGAAUAGAUUUGGCUUAGCUGGGAGUGAGCUUUCAGAUAAUGGCAUUUGUACAAGUCUGAAGAGAAAAGUUGAGAAUGUGAAGCAAAGUGUCAAUUUGAGUAGAAUCAAGCAAAUGAUGUCAGGAAAGGACAGAGAGCUUAUUAAUUUUAAUAGAGCAUUAGUGACUCCAGGCAUGUCAAGGAAAAAUAGCAAGUCGUUCAAACUCAAGUGCUUUACCUAACUGUCUGGACCAUUCUUAAUAAUGUAGAUAGAUUAAUGGCAUGGAUAGCGAUGAAUGGUUUUGAUCUAAUAGCCAUGAAAAACUUUUGUGUGACAAGGAUUGGGAACAGAAUAUUUUGGAGUAUGUGACCUUUUUUUAAGAAAAGAUAUGCACAAUGAAAGAGGUGGUGAGGCAUCUCUGAUAAGGAAGGAUAUGGUAGAGGCAACAGGAGAAAUUAAUUUAUCCUGGAAAUCAGAAUGUAGCAUUUGUAUGUUAGAAUUAAGAAAUAAUGGGGUUUAGACAACAUUGAGUAGUUUAUGGAUAGUCUAACAGUAAUCAUAUUAUUGACAGAGUAUAGAUUAGGGAAUUAGAAGAACAUGGAACAAGUCUAAUGCAAUUUUUAUAUAAACUGGCAAAUCCAAUUUAUCAUUAAGACUUGGAGGAUGAGUUCAUGGGGCAGCUUGCUGGAACAAUGCAUUAGAGUUAUUGGAGUUAAUUAGUAAUCUUGUCAUGAAGAAUCCUCCAGGGAAGAGUUUCCUCCAGAUCAUAAUCUGAAAGAGUUUCCUAUUGAGUUUGAGAUUGAUGUGAUCAAGUACGUAGCUAGGGUCUGCAGCAGUGUCUUAGAUGAAGGAACUAAGAAUAAUGUAUGUUCGCUGAAGCUGCAAACUCGACCCAGAAGGAGAUGUGAAGAGACUGUGAAAAGAUAUGGAUAGUUUACAUGAAUGGGCAGGAAGGUAGUCAACUUUGAGAGUGAGAAAGAGGAAGCAGAAUAUUUUUUCAAACGUGAGAAGCUAGUAAAUGCACUGUUCAGAAGAAUUUGUGGCUUCUUGCGUUAAACACCAAAAGUUAACAUGCAGGUAAAGCCUAUAAUGAUUUUGAAAGGAAGGAAGUUUUCGUGGAGUUGUCCAGGAAUUUGUUGAAACUACACCUGCAGUGUUGUGGAAAGUUUUAGUCUCGCUGUCUUAGACAUGUCUUGGAGAAUGUACAACAAAUAUUGACUGGAAUGAUCCCUUGGAUGAGUGGGCUGUCUUAUAAAGUGAGGUUGAGUAGAUUAAGAUCAGGGGAUUUCAGAUUGGGAGUAGGCCAUUCAGCUCAUCAAGCCUGCUGUACCAUUCGAUAAGAUCAUGGUUGAUGUGUUUGUGGCCCCAGAUUCAUACUCCAUCUGCUCUACAUAACCCCUGACACUCCUUGUUUAUUAAGAAUCUGUCUAACUCACCCUUGAAUAAAUUCAGUGACUUGGUCUCCCCAGCUUUCUGCGGAAGAGAAUUCCACUGACUAACUGUCCCGACAGAAUGUCUUCUCAUUGAUCCUCACUCUAAUUUCUCUUACCUGGUGUGUGGACCCCUGAGGUCACAGCGUAGCAGCCUCCUGUGAAAUCAAAAAUAAUUUCGAAUGGCUCAUUCCUGCUUUGACUUGUGUUCUUGUUGAGAGUUUUGCACUAAGUCAGUAUAACACUAGUGAAUUCUUGGAUCAUUAAGAAGGUGGAUACAUUGUUUAGCUGCUAACCUGAUCUGUACCUUUAAGACCCUAGCCGAACAUCAGAUAAUUGUACAUUUCAGAUUGUAGUUCAGCAACAGGCUUUCAUAGUCAAAAGAAACAAAGACAGUUUUUAAUUUGUAUCAACAAAAUGAUGUCUGGAGGGUAAGUGUGCUCAAGUAUGAAUUUAUGUACUUAUUACUAAUAAAUUUCUUUAGUACUGUUUCAUAAGGAUGGGAGAAAUAUGACAAAUAAUGUACAAUCAUAAUUCUGGUGCAGAAGUGUAGAUGUCUGAAUCUUUAAGACUACAACAAGUUUCAGGCAUAAGCCCUUCUUCAGGAAUGAGAAUUCCUGAAGAAGGGCUUAUGCCCGAAACGUCGAUUCUCCUGCUCCUCGGAUGCUGCCUGGCCUGCUGUGUUUUUCAGCACCACAUUUUUCAACUCUGGUACUCCAGCAUCUGCAGUCCUCACUGACAGGUCAAACUGGAUUACUAUCAAGUGUUUCCUAGACAGCCAUCACUCUCCUUUUAUAUGUCAGGAUAAGCUCAAGUCUGUUCUCUGUAAAGGAGGCAAAAAAAUUAGAACUGUUUACUUGACUAUUUAUAUAGUUUUUGACAGUUUAAUAUAUUAACCUGUGGUCUGAUUUAAUGUUCAUUGUAUUUCUUUGCAAAGUUAGUGCUAUGAACCAAACCAAAACCCCACAAAAUGUAUUAAGAAGAUAGUCUAGACUCUAACAUUUACUUAUUUUAAAAGUUAGUGUUAUGUUCCAGGUGCAAUUUGACAGUUAAAAUAUCAGAUUUGAAACAAAAUACACUUUAUUCAUACAGUAUAGCUAAAAUGUAACAAAAGAAAAAAUUGGCUUAGUUAUAACUCUAUUAGGAAACUCUAUUAGGAAACUCUAUUAGGAAACUUAACAGAAUAAUAGAUUAUUUAACUACUAAACAGUAACUGUACCAAUAUAGUAACACCCCAUAAAGGUUUCUGCACUUGUUGUUUCUACAUUGUGUCCUACAGCUGCACACACAUGACAUGGGUGCUAAAGAAAAUAUAGUAACAUCCCAUAAACACACCCUUGGAAAAAGGCAAGUUCAGAAAACAGAUCAUUUCACCUGCAAUUCCAACAGCAGGAAGAGAAUCCCCCAGCGUUUAGCUGUAACCAAGAGAGGAAAGAAUAGAUUCCACAUCUUCAAGACCCCAAUAGCAACUGCUUCUGAAAAACGGUUUUUUAAAAAAACUAAAAAUCCCGGUUCUGUGGGAGCUUGACCCCACCCAUUCAGGCUGCUUCUAUUGUUCCAACUUUUGAAAAAAAUCCCAAGGCAAGGUGUUUAGUAGCUGUGCUCUAAAACCUUUCUUCAAAAAAAAAAAGCAUCAGAACAAAAUAUAUUUCUUAAAGCCAUAGUAUUGUCAUAUUAGCUGGGACAAUUUUAACCAAACCCACCCAUUGGGCAAGUGGAUUUGACUAGAUACGAAAAUGGCUGCAUUACUCAACAUUGCAGUCAGUGAAGAGCAAUAUCAAUGGAAAACAAAAAUUUCAUCUGAUCCCAUAGCUUUGCUGCCAGGACAUUUUAGUAACAAUAGCCUUCAGACAUGCGGGUGGUUUAUAUACAGUACACUGACACUACUGGUAUGGGUGGGUUCACUUUCAGCACUUGUCAUAACUAUCCCUCCAACCCCCACCCCUGAGUUGGAAGAAAAUAAAUGAGGCUGAAGGGAAUAAAUUUGUAACAGCAAAGCUCACUCAUGUUCAGCCAAAAGAAUCCACUCCAAUGAUCAACUGCUUCAAACCCGAAUUAAUGAAGUAACUGAUAAUGCUCCUGUUUACUCAUAGACAUUUAUCCAUGAUUGUUCUUGAAUCAAAUAUUCUUCCAUUUGAUCCUCCCUCAAGUCCAAAACCUUUAAUAAUUGUAGUUUUACUUUCUAUUAUAAUUUUAAAGAUCCCUAAUGACGCAUUAUGGUUCUAAAGUUAUUGCAAUCCAUUGCUUUUGGACUCCUGGGUAACAACGAUAAUGCAUGUUACAAUCACUUGAGAAACUACUCUCAAAUUCCAAAUCUAAUGUUGCUCUUCUUUUCAGUUUUAUCUUUGUAUCCCUUGCUCUGUUCAAUAUUCCAUGAUCUUUGUAUGGUACGCUGUGCCUGUUCAGCAUGCAAAACAAAACUUUUCACUGUGCUUAGGUACAGGAUUUGAGAGGUCCAUGCAUCAGUCUAAUAACAGCAGGGGAGAAGCUGUUCUUGAACCUGGUGGUGCACAUAUUUAAGCUUUUGUAUCUUCUGCCCGUAGGAAGAGAGGGGCCUUUGAUGAUGAUGAUAGCUGUCUUUUGAAGGCAUCGCGAAAUAGAUGGAGUCAAUGGAUAUUGACUGAUACUCAAUGGUAUUCAAUGAAGUCUCAGGAAUUACAAAGUUCCAGACUCCCUCCUCCAUACACCUCUCCAAAGGAUCAAAAUUGUUUGGUAUUACAGAACUUAAACAUCAUGAAGUAGAGACACCAAGUUGGAACAUUGGCUUGUGUGAUGGACUGGGCUGUGUUCACAACUCUGUAGGUUCUUAUGGUCCUGGACAGAGCAGUUGCUGUACCAAGCCAUGAUGCAUCCAGACAGAACGCUUUCUAUGGUGCAUCCAUAAAAGUUGGUGACCGUGUUUAUGGACAUGCCGAAUUUCCUUAACUUCCUGAGGAAGAAGAGGUGGUGUUGUACCUUCUUGACUGCGGUGGUCCCGGACAGAUUAUUGAUGAUUGUCAGUCUUAGGAACUUGAUGCUCUUGGCCAUCUUAGACUGUCCAGACUCUCCAGGAAUAAAUGAGGGGAGAAGGUGGUACAGUGGUAAUUAUCACUGGACUAGUAAUGCGGUGCCCAAUACUGCAAGCACUGUGAAUCUGAAACAAACAGAUAAUACUGGGAGAAAUGCAGUAGGUUUGGCAGAGAGAAAUGAAAGGUAAUACUUUGAGAUAGUUAUGACUUCUCUUCAUUACUCUCGGUUGAGACCCCAACUUGGCAGCUGGUGGAAUUUCAUAUCGAUCAUUCCAACCGGAGUUGGGGUGAGGGAUGAUGUCUGGGUAAUGUUACUGGCCUAGCAAUUCAGAAUUUAAGGCUGGGGAUAUAGGUUCAAAUCCCGAUGGUGGAAUUUGGAUUCAGUAAAAGCUGGAAUUGGAAGCGAGGCGCAUAAAUGGUGAUUGUGAUAAAAGCCCAGCGGGUUCACUAGUGCCCCUUUAGAGAAGGGAAUCUGCUGUCCUUACCUGGUCUGAUCCGAACAUGACUCUAGGUUCUUAACUGCUGUGUGAAAUGGCCUGGGAAGCCACUCAGUUCAUUGGCACUUAGGCCUGGACUAAAGUGACGCGUAUUUCCAUAAAAGAAUUUUAAAAAAGGGGGUGAGCUCUAUCACGACAUUUACAAUGGAAUGAUGGCCUUGCUCUUACCAAACAGAAGUAACUUGCCUUAAAUAAUGAGGACCUCCACUGAACAGACUGGUUGCUCUUUGAGUGCUGUCUUUUUUAAUAAUGUCUGCUCUUUCUGCCAGUGUAGAGGAAACAUAUGAAAACCAGUUUGUGACAUUAGGAGCAAGACUUGGUUAAUCCUCAAGUUUUCUCCUCAUUCAAUUCAAUGCAGCAAGUUAAUUUUCCUGUCUUCAAGCCUUAUCCAAUUUAUCAAACUCAGACAUUUUGGAGGGAGCUCUGUCUAGAUUUCAACGAUCCUUUUUUUAUAUUUCAUUUUUCAAAGACCAAGUUCUCACUUUAAAGUUGUGCCCUUGAUGUCUG